AUGGAGCUGUAUGAGACAUCCCCCUACUUCUACCAGGAACCCCACUUCUAUGACGGGGAAAACUACCUGCCCGUCCACCUCCAGGGCUUUGAGCCACCAGGCUACGAGCGGACUGAGCUGAGUCUGAGCCCUGAGGCCCGAGUGCCCCUGGAAGAUAAGGGGCUGGGGACCCCCGAGCACUGCCCAGGCCAGUGCCUGCCGUGGGCAUGUAAGGUGUGUAAGAGGAAGUCCGUGUCUGUGGACCGUCGGCGGGCCGCCACGCUGAGGGAGAAGCGCAGGCUCAAGAAGGUGAAUGAGGCCUUUGAGGCCCUGAAGAGGAGCACCCUGCUCAACCCCAACCAGCGGCUGCCCAAGGUGGAGAUCCUGCGCAGCGCCAUCCAGUACAUCGAGCGCCUGCAGGCCCUGCUCAGCUCCCUCAACCAGGAGGAGCGAGACCUCCGCUACCGAGGCGGGGGCGGGCCGCAGCCAGGGGUGCCCAGUGAAUGCAGUUCCCACAGCGCCUCCUGCAGUCCAGAAUGGGGCAGUGCACUGGAGUUCGGCCCCAACCCAGGGGAUCAUCUGCUCACAGCUGACCCUACAGAUGCCCACAAUCUGCACUCCCUCACCUCCAUCGUGGACAGCAUCACAGUGGAGGAUGUGGCUGUGGCCUUCCCAGAUGAAACCAUGCCCAACUGA